GGAGGAGAGAGAGAGAGAGAGCGGUUCAAUUGCAACUCCCGGGCACGAACACCGGCCCAUCGAGCGCAUCGCCAUAAGUCGGCUUCUUCUUUCGGUCUCGCCUUCUCCGACGCCGCCGGCCGCCGGCCGCCGCCUCCGUCUCUAUCCGAGCCCCGCGGGAGCGCCCACGCCCCGUCGCCGCUUCCUUCUUCUCUUCUCUCUCUCUCUCUCUCUCUAUCUGUGUCCGGCCUUGGGAAGCUCGGAUGGCUUCCGAAGCUGGGUGGUAUAUUCUCGGCGACAAUCAGCAGAACGUCGGCCCUUAUGCCGCCGCCGAGUUGCUCGAGCAUUUGAAAAAUGGGUAUCUGUCUGAGAGUACACUCGUGUGGGCUGAAGGAAGAGCUGAUUGGCAGCCUCUAUCUUCUGUCCCCGAGCUGAUGCUCCCCCUUUCGGAUAAUGGGGAUGGUUCCCAGAACCCAGCCGUGUUAAACAGCGAAGAGGAGUUUGAGAAAUGGCAGAGGGAAGUUAGAGAGUCUGAGGCCGUGGGGUUGAAUAAUGGAUCUCAAUCUGCGGAAGACGACCUUAUCCGGCCUUCGACACCACCAGAGGGUGAGGAAGAGUUUGUCGAUGAUGAUGGAACUAGGUACAAAUGGGACCGUGGUCUCCGAGCAUGGGCUCCCCAGGAUAACAUCUCAGCAAAUAGUGACCACUAUGGGCUAGAAGAAAUGACUUUUCUGGAAGAAGAGGAAGUCUUCCCUAGUGGAAAUUGGGAUGAACCUACGAAGGAAGAAGUUAAUGAACCAGCUGAUAUAGCUGAAGCAAAGACUGUCAGUGAUUCAGAGGAAGCAAAACCUAAUGCUAAGAGAAAACAGCCUGAGAAGGAAGCUUCAAAGAAGGAACCAAACAAACCACCCGAUAGUUGGUUUGAUUUGAAGGUUAACACACAUGUGUAUGUAAUCGGGUUGCCUGAGGAUGUCACUAUGGAGGAAGUGGUGGAGGUUUUUUCCAAGUGUGGAAUAUUAAAGGAGGAUCCUGAAACAAAAAAGCCUCGUGUGAAGAUCUAUGUUGACAAAGAAACUGGAAGAAAAAAGGGAGAUGCACUUGUCACUUAUUUAAAGGAGCCCUCAGUUGCCCUAGCUAUCCAAAUAUUGGAUGGAGCACCUUUUCGCCCUGGUGGCAAGGUACCGAUGUCGGUUAGCCAAGCUAAGUUUGAGCAGAAAGGUGAUAAAUUUAUUUCUAAACAAGUGGACGGCAAGAAGAAAAAGAAACUGAAGAAGGUCGAAGAGAAGAUGCUUGGCUGGGGUGGGAGGGAUGAUGCGAAGGUUUUAGUUCCAACUACCGUUGUUCUUCGAUAUAUGUUCACACCUGCUGAAAUGAGGGCUGAUGAUAAUUUGCGCCCAGAACUGGAGGAAGAUAUUCGAGAGGAAUGUGUGAAACUUGGUCCUGUGGAUUCCGUAAAGGUAUGUGAGAAUCAUCCGCAGGGUGUUGUUUUGGUGAAAUUUAAAGAUAGGAAAGAUGCUCAAAAGUGCAUCGAAUUGAUGAAUGGAAGAUGGUUUGGGGGUAGACAGAUACAUGCCAGCGAGGAUGAUGGCUCUGUCAACCAUGCUCUAGUCCGGGAUUUAGAGGAGGAUGCAGCGAGGUUGGAGCAGUUUGGGUCUGAGCUGGAAGCUGAGUGAGCUCUGUCAAAUGCGUGCGUACAAGUGUGCUAUCG